CUUCUCUUCUGGGCUCCAGAUGCACAUAUCCAGCUAUUUACUCAACAUCUCCACGGAUCAGAUCCUGCAUCGGAGCAUCCAGCAGAUUACCUUGACUCUCCCUCAGAAAGAUACCUCAGAUCUACUUAAAUUUCCCUACCUCUCUAAGCUUCACUAUCACAGCAGUGCCUGACCCCAGACAAACAAAAGAACCUCUGUAUCAGUGAAUCCUAGACAUCAUUUCAUUUGACUUUUCAAAUCUCUUCAUGCUGAUGGGGAGGUGGAGCAAGAUGGUGGCCGAGUAACAGGUUCCUUGCAUUUGGGCACCAUGAAUCUGGGGAGAUAGGACUCCAGGCAUCUCUGGCUGGUGGGAUCUGCCUAUCAUCACCCCAGUGAGGAUACAGGGAGUCAGCGAGAGACUUCUGGACCCCAAAAGGAGGACUAAAACAGUGGAAAAACAGCAAGUGGUCGUGUGUGUUCAAUCCAUCUAAACCCGCCCGCAACUUCCACAGGCACGAGAACUUAAAGAGCAAGAGGAAGUGAAAGGAAAGGAAACAGAUAAAAGAAACCACUCAUGAGGAAGAAUCAGCAGAAAACUCCAGGCAACAUGAAGAACCAGUCCAGAACAACCCCGCCAAGGGACCAUGAGAUUGAAAAGAAAUGCUGAGAAAUAAAUAAAGCUUUCCCUUGGAUAUUUAGAAUGGGUAUCGGGAAGUCUAAAAUACAUUCCUGCCCUCUUUUUCUCUCUUGGAGCAAAAGCCACAGUGUGGAUACCAGUCAUGGACCCCCUGCGUCAGCUGCCAAGAAACCUGACGAUGUCUCCCUGUGUGAUGUGGCUGAGUGUGGCAGUGCAACAGAGCAGCCCACAGGGAGGCAGGAGGGAGCUUUGAGAGUGGAAGGGACGCCUGUAGACGAAGCUGAAGAAGAGGUGUUCCUCAAAUUUGUGAUACUGCAUGCCGAAGACGACACAGGUGAAGCCCUCAGAGUCCAGAACCUGCUACAAAAUGACUUUGGUAUCAAGCCGGGAAUAAUCUUUGCUGAGAUGCCCUGUGGCAGACAGCAUUUACAGAACUUAGACGACGCUGUCAAUGGGUCUGCAUGGACCAUCUUACUGCUGACGGAAAACUUUUUAAGAGAUACCUGGUGUAACUUUCAGUUCUACACGUCGCUAAUGAACUCCGUUAACAGGCAGCACAAAUAUAACUCUGUCAUCCCCAUGCGGCCCCUGAACAACCCCCUUCCCCGGGACAGGACCCCCUUCGUUCUCCAGACCAUCAAUGCCUUAGAGGAAGAAAGUCGUGGCUUUCCUACACAAGUAGAGAGAAUUUUUCAGGAGUCUGUGUAUAAGACACAACAAACCAUUUGGAAAGAGUCGAGAAAUACGGUACAGAGACAAUUUAUUGCCUGAAAAGAAACCUAUAAUUCAUGACUAGAUCCUGUUUCAUAAACCAAAUGGUUGAUCUUCACUUGAAAGAAAUUCCUAGGAAGUGUUUAAAUGGAAGAGAGCCUUAUCCUUA